GGGUGGCCAUCUCCGGCGGGGGGAUGGGCCAGUCGUGCCUGGCCGGCCCGGCGAGAGGCUCUGCAGCUUGUGGACGGGAGCUGGGCCUGGGACCCUUGGACCAAGGAGAAGGAGAGCCGGAUACAGCAUCCCACCACUGACCGGAACAAGUAUACCACUGGAAUAGAGAGAGGCGCAUUGUGAUGGAGUCCCCGCCGGGCCCUCAGCUGUCCCGGACCCCCGACAUCCAGCAGGAGCUCCCCUCCCCCGUCGAAGGGGAGGGUCCAGGCGAGGAGCAGACCAGCGCGUCCACUCUCGCCACACCACCGGCCUCGCUCGCAGGGGACCCUCCCAUCCCGGAGAAGGGGGAGUGCCCGAAGCCCCCAAUACCUGCGGGUAGGCUGCUGUGGACCCCCACAGAGGAGGAGCAGGAGGAGGAGGAGGAGGAGGAGGAGGAGAAGGGGGAGGAAGAGGAAGAGGAAGGGAUGGGGGAUGAGGAAGAGGAUGAGGAACACCAGGAUUUCUUCCCGCUCCAGCCCAGCCCUGACCCCUACCUGGAGAUGGCUGGGGGUUCCCCGCAGCUCUCUGCUCUCCCAGGGUCAGCGGACGAUGCUGAGGGUGAGGAUCCUUCACACACUGGCCAGAACGGGACGGCAGAACAGCUCAGGGAUGCCGAGCUGGGUGAGGGUGAGGGUGAGGUUGAGGGGAAGAGGCAGCGCGCCGACCUAACCGCUUCCCCUGCCCCGAGUGUGGCAAAGGCUUUGCCUGCCCCUCGCACCUGGAGCGGCACCUCCGCACCCACACCGGUGAACGCCCCUUCGAGUGCAUCGUCUGUGGCAAGACCUUUGCCACGCUCAGCCACCUGGCCCUUCACCGGCCCCGACACGGCGCCCCCCGCCCCUUCGAAUGCGCCAUCUGUGGCCGCUGCUACCCCACCUACUCCGAGCUCUCGUCCCACCAGCGCUUCCACAGUGGCCGACGGCCCUACCCCUGCCAUCUCUGCCCCAAGCGCUUCUAUACCUCCAGCGAGCUGCGAGCCCACCAGUUGGCUCACACUGGCGAGCGCCCGCAUCCCUGUACCGCCUGUGGCAAGCGGUUUGGCCGGCUGGGGCACCUGCUGGAGCACCAGCGCACCCACACCGGCGAGCGGCCCUUCGAGUGCCCGCUGUGCGGCAAGCGCUUCCACUCCAGCAGUAACCUGA